AAAAAAAGGAGAAGAAAAAAAAAAUACAAGUCACUCCUGCAGUUGGGAUAAGGAAACCCCGUGCUGCCAACGCCCGGCGCAGAACCGUCAGCGGUCAGGCUUCCAACGAUUGAAUGAGAAGUGUGCAUCCUGAAGGAAUACAGCUAUGCAGACUAUUAAGUGUGUUGUAGUAGGCGAUGGUGCUGUUGGUAAAACCUGCCUUUUAAUCUCAUACACUACGAACAAGUUUCCAUCUGAGUAUGUACCGACGGUCUUUGAUAAUUAUGCCGUAACGGUUAUGAUUGGAGGUGAACCUUACACCUUAGGAUUAUUCGAUACUGCAGGUCAGGAAGAUUAUGAUAGGUUACGACCUCUGAGCUAUCCCCAGACUGAUGUCUUCUUAGUUUGCUUCUCAGUCGUUUCACCCUCUUCCUUUGAAAACGUUAAGGAAAAGUGGGUACCUGAAAUAACUCACCACUGUCCAAAGACCCCGUUUCUGCUGGUGGGAACGCAGAUUGACCUGAGGGAUGACCCCUCCACAAUCGAGAAGCUCGCCAAAAACAAACAGAAGCCCAUCACCCCCGAGACAGCCGAGAAGCUGGCCCGUGACCUCAAGGCCGUGAAAUACGUUGAGUGCUCUGCCCUCACGCAGAAAGGACUGAAGAAUGUGUUUGAUGAGGCGAUUCUGGCUGCCCUGGAGCCUCCGGAGCCCAAGAAGCCGAAAAUCCUUCUGCACAGAUGUGCACUGCUCUGAUCGUCUCUCCUAACAUUCCCUCUGAGGGCUAAGGCCAUAUUCAUACUCUAUAGUGGGGCCUGGUGGGCUGGUUUUCAGCACAUUAGACUUUGAAGCAAUUAAUUCCUUAACUGAGGUCAUUUAGCCUCUCCUCUCUGUAGAAGCAUGGUUAGUGGAUUAGAAGAGAUCUUAAAAACCUGUACAUUUCCAGCCUUUUAGCAUUAUGAUGGGGAGACCUCUUUAAACCGCUGAUUCCCAGUCCUGGGGGGCUUCAUUGCGUGGAAUGUAGCAUUACUAAGAAAUAUUAAACAACAAUUAAUUCAUUUCAAGUUGGUAUUAUAAUAUAAUGUAAUUUGUGAACUGCUCAUUUAUUUUGUAAUUCAUUUAAUCCUUCAUUGGUGCUGAAAUUUACCCCAAUGAAUCAGAAUAAAAUAUUUACUAUUUCAACAGUUUUAUUCACUCAGUUGUAUCUGUAAUACUGAAACAAUUAUUUUUUUACGGAUGUGUAUCCUGCUUCUCUUAGCUACUAUAUCCAGCUCGCAUUUAAUUUUAAUUAACGGUUAAACUCUAAGCGGCAAAGAGAGUGGAUCCCACAGGAGCAGUCUGAGAAUUGCUCUCCAAACCCACAUUUAAUUUAGAUAUUAGAUAUCGCACCCCAUUGAAGACAGGAAAUGACUCAUUACGUAGCAGUGAGGAUGAAAGUGGAGAGAGCUGGUCGAUGAGGCAUUGGGAGGCAUGUCCUGAAAUGUACUGGAAGGUUAGUGAUCUACUGCCUGUGACCUCCCAGUUCAUGGGGCACCGGCGGGUGCGGCAGUCUUCCGUCCCCCUCAGCUUUUCAUUAGCCCUGAUUAGCUGUUGAUAAAAGGAAUUAUUUUAAUAGUUUAAAUUAAAGCCAAGCGGUUUAGCUAUGGACAUUUUCACUGGGCCAGAUCCGUUACAGUUGGGGAGGCUUAUGAUGGUGAAAGUGGAGGAUGGGACCCUCUUGUUUCAUUUCUUUGAAAAUUUAAGCAAACCCAUAUAAAUAAGUGUAGGAAUAGUUAAUGAGCCAAGAUUGAUCAGGCCAUAAUCUGUUUUUCUAAAUAAGCAUUUAUCCAUAAAAUAAUGAAGAAUGUAUAGGCCCAGUCAUGUUUGGUUAGACGCAAAUUACAAAUCAGCAUUAUGUAUCACCUUGAUUUUUUUUUUGGAUGAAAUUAUUGAAUCAACCAUCAGCUCAAUCAAGGUCAAUUGAAUGCAAGCUCAGUGGGGUCGAAUGCCGGAGAUUCCAGGGGCCCUCGAGAGACCUGCCUUAAAUUGAUAAAGUCCUGGUUACAUUGAUAUCCAUUUAAAAAAUUGCUACAAAUGACUGGCUCAUUGUAAUAGAUUUGUAGAGAAGCUUCUGGACCCCACGCUGGUCAGGAGCAACAUGCAGUAGCUCUAGUUGGGUAGUUAGGAUGAGAGGAUGAGUUAGAUCAUAUCACUCAGUGAUUUUCCCGGCUAAUGGCCUUCUUUGCGGUCCUUGCCAUGGGCAUACAGUGCUCAGAAGCCAGCUAGCAUUUCAACAAAAGAUUCCUCUUUGAAGGAGUUCUUUUUAUUUAUGAAUGGUAGCAUUGUCGAUGUCCUCCCCUAACUGAUUAGCGACCCUAGAGGGCUCACGUUAUGAUUUAUGGAGCAGCGAUGUAAGCAUUCCUAACAGCAGAUUAAUAUGUCGCCUUCACCUAAAUUACCCUUUGUAUGAGUAUGCUGUGGAACUUAAGUAUUUUAAAAGUGAUGUUUAAAAUAAUUAAUAAACUAUAUGAAAUGGAGUCAGGAUUGGCCUGGGUUUACAAGUCUCUAUUUGUUGCCAUUAAUUUAUGCAAUAUACAGCAAGAUUGUGAGUAAUAUGGUGCACUGCGUUGUGUCAUAUGUCUUCCAACCAUUUUUUAUUUUUUAUUAUUUAAAUGUGUUUUGGUUGUAUUAUGGAGUGUUUAAAACCUUUCUUAGAUUUACAACAUAUACUGUAACCAUUUUGUGCAAAACCAAAUGUUUCGUUCUUGUUUUCUGCAUUUGGAAUCUUUGUUUUGUGAUAUUAAACUAACGUUUACAUUAUA